AUUGAAAAAAAACUGCCAUGAUCAGUGAAUCGUGCAGUGAAGUGAAGUGAAAUAAUGCCGCCGAAAACUAGUGGAAAGGCAGCCAAGAAGGCUGGCAAGGCCCAGAAGAACAUCACCAAGAACGACAAGAAGAAGAAGCGGAAGAGGAAGGAGAGCUAUGCUAUCUACAUUUACAAGGUCCUGAAGCAGGUCCAUCCCCACACUGGCAUUUCCUCGAAAGCGAUGAGCAUCAUGAACAGCUUUGUGAAUGACAUCUUCGAGCGUAUUGCUGCCGAGGCUUCUCGUCUGGCGCACUACAACAAGCGCUCUACCAUCACCAGUCGGGAAAUCCAAACUGCUGUUCGCCUGCUCCUGCCCGGAGAGUUGGCUAAGCACGCCGUCAGUGAGGGAACCAAGGCUGUCACCAAGUACACCAGCUCCAAGUAAAUUUUCUCGCAGAUGCGGAGGAACAUUAAAAAGGCCCUUUUCAGG